AUGCUCACGAGUUGGAAGAUCGUUGUUCCUUUGCUCGCGGUGGCAUUCAUGGUGGCGAGCGCCAGUGGGAUGCCGGGGGGCGUUACGGACGCAGAUAUGAAUGACCGAGAGACCAGAGACGCACUGCAGUUCGCCGUGGUCGAAUACAACAAGGGAACAAACGACCUGUAUGUUAGGCAGGUUGCGAAGGUUAUCAAGGCUCAGCAACAGGUCAGUCCCUUUUACAUAUCCUUUCAUUAGUUGAAUGGAGACUGUUGGUGGUUCAUUGUAUAGCGUAGUUUCCUCAUUUUUCGUUCCGCGGUUCAAAUGUAGUAAUUUAGGGUGCGUUCAUAAAUUCACUGACUACCUUCUUACUAACGCGCGACACUUGUCGAAUAUGACGGGUGCCAGGAAACAUCGGCAAUAAAACGUAAUAAAUUGUUGGUAGCAGUACAGUUAGUCACCAUCGCUCUAGAUAACAUGACAGCAGCCUACCCAGCUCUGCUAGGCAGUGGGGUGAAAAUACUUUAAAGUACUACUUUAGUCGUUUUUUUUCUGGGGUAUCUGUACUUUCCUGUUUGACUACUUUUACUCCUCUAAAUUCCAAAAUAGUACAUUAUUUUCUUUUUCCCUGACACCCAAAAGUGCUCGUUACAUUUCAAAUGCUUAGUAGUGAUUAGCUAGUAAAUUGUUUUGUAGUGUGCCCCUGGCUAUCCGUGGGAAAAAAAAGAAUCGUGCCAUCUGGUUCUUAAAUUUAUAAGGAAUGUGAAAUACUUUUACUCAAGUACUAUUUUACUGGGUGACUUUUACUUGAGUCAUUUUCUAUUAAGCUAUCUUUUAGUUUUACGGAAGUAUAACAACUGGGUACUCUUUCCACCACUGCUAGGUUGAGUAAAAUGGUCAGUGACAUUUGUCUGGAAGUAGCUAGCAAGCUAACCAACUUUAUGCCUCGAUCCCACCGACAGUGUCACCAGAAGUAGUCAUUUCCAAUAGAAGGCUGCGUUUGCCUUGCAGCGUUGCAGUGAGUUCUGUGGCGCAUAUGUUUGAUUUAAUCGAAUGUAUUAAUCAAACUAUGCGUUGAUGGCUUGACAGAAAUGGUAACAAAAAGUGAAUGUUGGACACAUAUCCAGAUGACGCUGCGUACCAUUUUGCGCAGGUUCCUGUCGGUGUGAUCGCGGCGUUAGCUUGACUGCUUCCACGUCGUUCAUUUUCCAUAGAAUGCAUAGCAUUUACAUUAUUUAUUACAUUUACGUCAUUUAGCAGAGAGGCUCUUAUCCAGAGCGACUUACAAAUUGGUGCAUUCACCUUAUGAUAGCCAGUGGGACAAACACUUUACUAUAUAUAUAAUUUUUUUUUUUUGGGGGGGGGGUAGAAGGAUUACUUUAUCCUAUCCCAGGUAUUCCUUAAAGAGGUGGGGUUUCAAGUGUCUCCGGAAGGUGGACAUAGCCACUUGUUAUGGAGACAUAGCCACUUGUUGACUAUCCCUUACAUAAUUGGUGAGGAGUGGAGACCAUGGGAUCCUAUUGUCGGGAGUAAACAUGCUAGGACUAAUGUGAUUUAUAAGAUGCUCAGUUGACCAUUAUGCAGUGGAGAACUUCUCAUUUCUAAACCAUAGUCAUCUGCACUUUUUAUUUUAUUUUAAGACCACAGCGUUAUUUCAGUUCUACCCAUCGAAACGGAAUAACUAGAACAGGUUCCUCAUUCAAGUCAAUUGGUCCCUCCAUACAAGUAAGUUGGGUGAUUUUCUAGUUCCAUGGUCUGACGCGCUGACCCAUCCUCUCUACAGGUGGUAGCAGGGAUGAAGUACAUCUUCACAGUGCAGAUGGCCAGGACCCCAUGCAAGAAGGGAGGCGUGGCGAAGGUCUGUGCCGUGCAUAAGGACCCGGCUGCGGUAAGGACCACUAUGCUAGCUUGGUCUCAGAUCGGUUUGUGCUCAACAGACUGGCUCUAA